GAAACGCAGUCUUCAGCUUCAGCUAAAUCAUGAGCAACGAGUACGAUUAUCUGUUCAAGCUUUUGUUGAUCGGUGACUCCUCUGUUGGAAAAUCAUGCCUUCUUCUUCGAUUCGCUGAUGAUGCUUACAUUGACAGCUACAUAAGCACCAUUGGUGUUGACUUCAAAAUUAGAACGAUUGAGCAGGAUGGGAAGACGAUUAAGCUGCAAAUUUGGGAUACUGCUGGACAGGAGCGUUUCAGGACCAUCACUAGCAGCUACUACAGAGGAGCUCAUGGGAUCAUUAUUGUGUACGACUGUACUGAGAUGGAAAGCUUCAACAAUGUCAAGCAGUGGUUGAGUGAGAUCGAUAGAUAUGCUAAUGAGAGUGUAUGCAAGCUUCUAAUCGGUAACAAGAAUGAUAUGGUUGAAAAUAAAGUUGUUUCUACCGAAACUGGUAAGGCCUUAGCAGAUGAGCUAGGAAUUCCCUUUCUUGAGACCAGUGCCAAGGAUUCUAUCAACGUCGAACAAGCAUUCUUAACUAUUGCCGGCGAGAUCAAGAAGAAAAUGGGAAGCCAAACGAAUGCAAACAAGACAUCUGGUCCUGGAACUGUUCAAAUGAAAGGUCAGCCAAUCCAACAGAACAAUGGCGGUUGCUGCGGUCAGUAGUUUAAAAAAUGUUAUAUCAAAACUAUCUGAGACUCUUUUUGUCUUUUUCCUUUUUAACUAAGUGUUGUGAAAACCAAUGGCUGUCUAAAACAACUAAGAACUGUAAUAUUCCAUGUCACUGUGUCUUGAAUAAGCUAUGGUGUUAGUUGCAAGAUCCUUCUCUUUAAUAUAGUUCCAUCUUGACU